CCAGGAAAGCUCUGUUUCCUAAGCAUAUGACGUCACUCGCUGCGUUUGAGAAAGAUCGUUUUAGCGCGUACGAUAUCAAUACGCACCGACAUGGCCGCGCCCAGUUUGUGCCGCUUGAAGCGCCGACUGUUUUACGAGGCAGUUGUUUCAAACAUUUACGCGCUACGUGCGGCAAAUUUAUUACCAUGGGCAUGCACCGUUCAAACGUCGAGAUGCAUGUGUUUAUUCAGCGAAUCGGCGAAACCACAAAAAGAGUACGACGUGGUCAUCGUCGGCGGAGGCAUUGUUGGAGUGGCGACUGCAAGAGAAUUGUCGUUGCGGCAUCCGAAACUCAGGCUUGCUGUUGUAGAAAAGGAAAACAAACUCGCGGCUCACCAGAGUGGCCACAACAGCGGAGUCAUCCAUGCUGGCAUUUAUUACGCUCCCGGAUCACUGAAGGCCAAGCUGUGUGUGCGAGGACUGGAGCUUUCCUACAAGUAUUUCGACGAGCACAAGAUACCUUACAAGAAAUGUGGAAAACUUAUCGUGGCUGUCGACCCGGAGGAAGUUCCACGAUUGGAUGCUUUGGAAGAGAGAGCCAUCAAGAACGGUGUGAAGGACUUGAAGAGGCUAGAUUCCCAAGGAAUUAAAAGUGUGGAGCCAAACUGCACAGGCUUGCAGGCACUGUGGUCCCCACACACGGGUAUCGUUGACUGGGGAGAGGUGACGCAGUCAUACGGUCGGGACUUCAUCGGCCAAGGUGGAGAUGUCCUCCUGAAUUUCCCUGUCCGUGCAAUAGAGACCGUGGCCGAGAGCCAGUCCACCACAGGGGGCCUCACACACCCUGUUAGGGUGGUCAGUGACAAGAAGGCAGUCCGCUGUCGCUACGUCGUUACCUGUGGUGGCCUCUACUCGGACAAAUUGGCAGCACUUUCGGGCUGCAACCCAGAGCCAAAGAUAGUUCCAUUUCGUGGGGAGUACCUUCUUCUCAGGCCAGAGAAAGCAGAUUUGGUACGAGGAAACAUCUACCCGGUUCCAGAUCCACGUUUUCCUUUUCUUGGUGUACACUACACACCGAGAAUGGAUGGCAGUGUCCUUCUGGGGCCAAAUGCUGUGCUCGCUUUCCGGAGAGAGGGCUAUGGCUACUUCGACAUCAACAUACCGGAGCUUGUGGAUGCACUGACCUUCAGGGGUUUUCAAAAGCUGGUCGGUCGCAACAUCUCCUAUGCGUGGCAGGAGCUCUAUCGGGGUGUCUACAUCAGGGCUCAGGUAAAGCAGCUGCAAAAGUACAUCCCACAACUGCAGUUCUCAGAUGUCUCACGGGGCCCCUCUGGUGUGAGAGCUCAAGCCUUGGAUCGGGAUGGAAACCUAGUGGACGACUUUGUUUUUGACAGUGGCGAAGGCGAACUAGCCAAACGCACCUUGCAUGUUCGGAAUGCCCCGUCCCCAGCAGCCACAUCAUCUCUUGCUAUUGCUGAAAUGGUUGCUGACAAAGUGCAAGAAACAUUCCAACUGUGAUAAGACGGUAGAAUUCAUUGUGACUGAUUCUGUUACAGUCUGUGACGUUGCAGCUCAUUUGAUGUCUAGUGAACAUUUAAAGGGGCCCUGAAACACUUUUGGAACUAUUAAAAAAACUUUGCCGAUCUGUUAGCGAAGCUCUUGUGAACAUGUGAGCCAGAUAUUAUUGCACUGGAUGCAGCAGGGAAUUUACAAUCUCGUGUCAAAAGAAGUAAAGAGUUGCUUGCUCUCGCACUUCAAUUGUCAGUUAUCGAAAGCAUUUGGCGGACCAAUGCUAUUGGCUGAUUUUGUGGUCGUAAGAGCAUUAUUAGUAAUAUAUAAUUGCUAAUUUUGAGUUUAAUGUAUGUGUCUGCGAUCUCAAGAAGACAGAAAAAUCAUUUCAUCUUUGCACUACGCAUUUCAUCCAAAAUGGCAGCGGCGUGCGUGUAGCGUUCUACCGCGGCCACUACAGGAUGCCGUGGCAAGUCCUUUUGCCACUGUGACACUCAACUUUUCGCCGGGGCUCUGCCUUCUUGGCUUCUCCGCUGUGUUGCUUCCAGCAUGCUAGUGGGCUAGUGGAGAUGAAAUGAGAGAAAGUUGGGUAUAGGUGCGAUAACUGUAGUUAAAGGAUUCGAAAAACUUUUGCAGCAUGAGAUUCAUAGAAUGACCUACUUUAAUAGUGAAGCCAUUCUAUGAUUAGUUAAAGAAGUGUUUCAGGGCCCCUUUAAGGGGACACUAGAGAGAGAACACUGGAUCAAUUUAGAUUGAUAAAGUAUUCUUUCAAACAUCUAGGUAUGUUCAAUACUUUCGUGGUAAGAGGCUUAUAAGUAGGAGAGAUAAUGAAGGCAAUACUUCCAUUUUUCGAAUUUCGGGCCGAUACCCCAUCGCCAUUAAAUCAGUGUGAUGUGACGGAAUAUAUUUUCUAGUACUUUGGCCAUUGUAUAGUGCAGUAAAAUGUUUCAGAACUUUCCAAGUUCACGGCGUCAUAGCGAGUUGCUGUGGGAAUUUUGAGGUGGCGUUGCCACCCAUCUUUUAUUUCUGCGUCUUUUCUGGUGUGUUAUCCCUCCUCUCAAACUAAGGGUCUUGUGUUCUUCCCCCCCCCCCCCUCCCACCCCCAUUGUAGAAGGGUAAUGUAUUAAUACAGCUCAAAUUAUUUUUCUCUUUAGUGUCCCUUUAAUGUAGGAAGUCGUGAAGAACAUGCAUUGUUGACUAAUCAUUUCAAGAACUGUAAUUACCACCAGUCAUUGUUUUCUAGUCGUGAUGUUAUUCCUAUAUUUUAGAAAAUAAAGCACUACUUUUUCUGCCUAACUGUCAUUGUUUUCUAGUUGUGAUGUUCUUCCUCUAUUUUUGAAAAUAAAGCACUAAUCUUG